AUGCUUGUCUAUAAAGAGUUUACUGCGUUAGACCUCCUUGACUUGAAUUUGCCAAACUUAGAUGAGAACACGUGCUCGUUCUCUCCUGAUUUUUAUUUAAGGUAUUUAUCUAACCAUUCAGAUUAUUGCCUGUCAGUUAGUUCAUCUGGUAAUGCCAUUGGAUAUAUUAUUGGGAAUUACGGUACAUAUAAAGAUACAAAAGCAUUAUAUUCACAUGUCACAGCACUGAGUAUUUCACAGGAAUUUAGGAGGCAUGGGAUAGGAAGGAACCUUUUGCAAAUGUAUGAUUUAAAUGCUAAAAAGGGGAAGUCGAAGUUUAUUGAUUUGUUUGUUAGGGUAUCAAAUAAUGUGGCAGUUAAUUUUUAUAAAAAAUGUGGAUACGUUGUACACAAAACAAUAGAGAAGUAUUAUACAGAGCCAGAGGAGGAUGCGUAUGAUAUGAGAAAAUAUACAACAGAAUAA